GGUCGCGGACGGUAGUGUGCUCACCGCGUUAGUGCGUGUGUCUCCGCGUCGCCCCCAGUGCUUCGUGUUUUAGCCUCCUCUGUUUUUCUCCGACAAGUGCACCAUCACCGUGGGACUGCUCGAGGCAUCGAGCACGUGUGUGUAUAUAUACUCGCUGCUGGUACUGGUUGACUGCGUAUCCAAUGGGCGCGGUAGUGCUGUGUGGUGUUUUUUAAACGACUGUGGAAACAGGUUUUGUCGCAGUUUGCGUGACAGGUGUUUCGUUAUCGCUACAGUUCAGAGGAUAGGACUCCACUGAGAAUAUUGCGGACCAGAAGCAACGAUAGUCCCUUUUCGUCUGCCGUGAGGAUAUUUACGUUACCGGUGACAUUGUAGAGAAGGAUUGGGUAAUUUGGGAGAGUGUUUGUGGGAUAGCGUGCGGCACGAGGAAGACGGUCGAGAGUUGCCGUCCAGCGUGGGCCGACGGACACCUGUUGAGGGUCGCGGGACUGGAGGACUGUGGUAGGGCGGUGUCGGCCAAGUGCGGCGAUGCCCCGGGCGUCAUGGAUCGCGGCAUGAGCGUGGUGUCGGCGAUGAGCAUGUGGUCGCGCGCGGGCGCCGGCGUGCUGCUGCCGCCCGGCCGGCUACACGCGCGCGCCGCCGAGGGCUGCGUCGGCGCCGGUGCCGGCGACGGCUCGCCCGAGGUCAGCUCGUCGUCCGUUCUCAGCCCCGCGCACUCGCUCGCCUCCUCCAUCGGCGAGGUCGACAUCGAGUUCUGGGACCUCGACAUCAACAACUCGCGCAGCGCCGUCGCGCUGUCCGCCGUCGCGGCCGCCGCCUCCGGCCACCGCUCCUGCGGCUCGAGCGCCAGUUCCGUCUCAGGCCGGGAGGACCUUUCGCCUCUGAGCAGUCUGAACGGCUACAGCGCGGACAGCUGCGACGCCAAGAAGAAGAAGGGCACCGCGCCCCGCCAGCAGGAGGAGCUGUGCCUCGUGUGCGGAGACCGCGCCUCCGGCUACCACUACAACGCGCUCACCUGCGAGGGCUGUAAAGGCUUCUUCAGGAGGAGCAUAACAAAAAAUGCCGUGUACCAGUGCAAAUAUGGCAAUAACUGUGAAAUUGACAUGUAUAUGAGGAGAAAGUGCCAGGAGUGCAGACUGAAGAAGUGCCUCACUGUGGGCAUGAGGCCAGAGUGUGUAGUACCUGAAUACCAAUGUGCAGUGAAAAGAAAAGAGAAAAAGGCACAGAAAGAUAAAGAUAAACCUAAUUCUACUACGAAUGGUUCACCAGAAGUGAUGAUGUUGAAAGACAUAGAUGCCAAGGUGGAACCAGAAAGACCGUUGUCAAAUGGAAUAAAACCUGUGAGCCCUGAACAAGAGGAGCUUAUACAUAGGCUUGUGUACUUCCAGAAUGAAUAUGAGUCUCCUUCUGAGGAAGAUUUGAGACGAGUUACGAGUCAGCCAACGGAAGGAGAGGAUCAGAGUGACGUGAGGUUUCGGCACAUCACUGAGAUCACAAUAUUAACUGUUCAACUAAUUGUUGAAUUCGCCAAGCGGUUACCAGGAUUCGAUAAACUGCUGAGGGAAGAUCAGAUAGCACUACUAAAGGCAUGUUCAAGUGAAGUAAUGAUGUUUCGCAUGGCACGACGCUAUGAUGUAAACUCAGACUCUAUACUUUUUGCCAACAAUCAGCCUUACACCAAGGAUUCUUACAACCUGGCUGGUAUGGGGGAAACGAUAGAAGACAUGUUGCGGUUCUGCAGACAGAUGUAUGCAAUGAAGGUUGAUAAUGCGGAAUAUGCCCUGCUGACUGCAAUAGUUAUAUUUUCAGAGCGCCCAUCACUUGUUGAAGGAUGGAAAGUAGAGAAGAUACAAGAAAUUUACCUGGAAGCUCUCAAAGCGUACGUGGACAACAGGCGGCGUCCCAAAUCUGGAACGAUUUUUGCAAAGCUGUUGUCAGUUCUUACCGAACUGCGUACUCUAGGAAACCAGAACUCAGAAAUGUGCUUCUCUCUCAAACUGAAGAACAAGAAGCUGCCACCGUUCCUUGCUGAGAUAUGGGAUGUGAUCCCAUAGAUGGCAGUGUGUUCAGCAGGUCCUGAAGUACUAGUCCUUACAAUACUGAAAUUGACUGUUUUUCAUAUUCAUUUGUUUUUAUUGCAUAUAUCGAAGGGGAAGGCAGCAUACAGUUUCAUACCUUCAAUAAAUCCCCAGUAAAUGCAGCAUUUUAUAUUUUAAGUCUCUACAGAUUCUAUUUAAAUGAACCUUUUUUAGUUAUUGCAGUGUCAAUAUUAUGGUUCAGCAACAGUAAAAAGUAGUAGUUCGACAAAAUAGUUACACGAUUGCUACAGACAAGAAACAGUGGAAGACACCACCAGUUCAGCAAUGGAUAUCAGUGUCUGCUGCUAUGGGCUAUUUCCAUUUUAUUGUGACAUUAAAUUGUGAUUCAUAAUUUGAAGACCCAUUAUUUUUGUAACAAAAAAUUUUGUCAUAAUGUUUGGCACAAUUUUAGAAAAGAAUGGCUGUCUCUGAUGAAGUGACUGAAAUUUGUGAGGAAUAUGUGGGGACCACCAUCUUCGGUGGGGAACAAAUCUGCCUUCACUGAUAUAUGCAUAAAACACAGUUAUUAAGCAACUGGAAAUGAAUUUGACUGAUUUUAGUAACCUUCCCCUUUCUCUGAUAAGAAAGAAAAACUGUUUUCUUUCUAAACACAUUUUUGUAAUUACAGAAGUUGUAGAUAUGGUGCAAUAAAGUUUUAAGAGAUUCACUAUUCUUUGACUGAAAUUAUGUUUUAUAAAUAAGUCAUAUGUAAGCUGAAUCACUAUAGUAGUUGUCCAAAAGUACUGAGUACUAAGGGACAUGUGAGCAAGUAUCUGUAAAUUGGUCACAGGCAGUUUGAUAUCUGGGCAUUACAUUGGAUGGAAUCAUCCUAUUCUUUUAUUUUAAUCGUGUAAUCUACAUCUUUCUUACUUGCCACUAGUGACAGUCAGUUUUUGUUCACUGCUUGGUGUGAAUGAAAUAACAAAUUUCAAAAUUACUUUUCAAGUAGGAAUACUUCUCAUUUAACUGUAAAAAACUUUUAAAAAGUUGAGUAAAAAAUGUUGUAGUGCUGUAAAUGUCUGUAUUAUGUGUGCUGGAGUUAAACAGAACUUAUUUUAAAAACCCCAACUAAGAUAGUAUCAGUACCCUUCUGAUGACAGCUCGUGAAAUUGUACUUCAAAGUAAGCUAAUGUAGUGAUGUUUCAAAUGUGCUUAUGUAGAUCAAAUGUGUAUCUAUUGUCUGUUUCACUUAAAUGUUACACUGAGAGCCAUGUUAUCUUAUGUCUGAUACUAAUUGUUAGUGUAUAACUUGUUUGUGUACUGUUCCUACUGUCUUAAUGUUAAUAUGAAAAAUACUUUAAUGGUUGUGAUAGUGAUUGACUAAAUGGUUUAAUUCGGAGGUGCAAAAGAACGGAAGAUUGAAGAAGCAUUUUUCACAGGCAUUAGUAGAAAACAUGUUAUUCAUCUUCCCGUGAACAUGAAAAACACCACCAAAAUGAAGGCUGUGAAAAAUAACUCUUGUUUUGUAGUAAGUAAAGGUAUUGGGAAGGAUCUUUGUGGACUUAACAUGAGAUAUAGUGUGUUUAAAUCUAGAAUCUAUAUAUAAUAUAUUAGGAUUGUAGCUGUUAAUGUGAUUGGAAAAAAUAUUGCUUACUGUUAUGGAAAUGAUUAUUUGUUAAUUGUUUUGUCAGAGAAUUAUUUAUACAAGAAUUAAAAUUAGAUUGGGAGGGGCUUGCUGGCUUUAAGAAAGACUGGGAUGUAUAUUUUGAGGAGACAUUGAGUCUGGUGCCUUUACAUUGAGUUUAGAUGAAGCAAGAACACUAAUAUAAAUUGUGUGUGUGUGUUUGAUGAAAAUUAAAGCUAUAAGAAACUUAAGGUGCUGCCUUUACGUACAAGAAAUAAAAAAUGACUUCUCAUAUGUACUACGCUGUUUGCUCCUGUGGACAACAUAAACAGAACACAUCAGUGGCAUUUUAUGUAUUGCCGGAAGCUGAGAGAAUAUAGCCGUCCGUUUUUAAAUAUAUUGAAAUAUAGUUUCAUUUGGAGACAAACAGCGCCUUUGUUUAUGUGGACAGUAGAAAAGUGAAAGUGCUGAACUUUUAUACUGGAGGAGUUAGUCAAUUAAUUUUAGUGAUAUGACAGAUGUUCAGUGUUUGAUGUACAGUGAUAAGGAAGUGUGUGGCUAGUGCUGGAAGUGUUGAAGUUUUGACAGUUUCUUCAUUUCUUAUGGUGAACCAGCAAUGAGUUUUUGGAACAACUGUCAUAGUGUAUUGUUUCUGUGGACUGUUGCAGCAGCCUUACGAUCUGCUGUUUGUAACUACUGACAUUGGGCCAUUGGGUCACAGUGUUUAAUGUGGAUAAAUCGUUGCCACCAUCAAGACUGUUUGGUUCUCAGUACAGAUUUUCUUUGUUAAUAUAGCCUAAAAUGGCUGACUGAUUAAAAUAUCUCCUGAUAUAAAACAUUAAUUUGUUUUAACCUUCCCUUUACAAAAGAAUUUUAUGUGAAACUCAAAGUCUCAGUAUAAGCGCAAAUAUCUUCUGUGGACCAUUUCUUCAAUCCAGAAAUGUUAUUGAAAGGCAUUUGUGCUUAAUAGUAAAAUUCCAACAUGAUAUCAUAUGCGUUGAUCUGAGACUGGGUUCAAGUCUUAUUAAUAACGUAAGGUUAAUUCAGAUAAGUGCUUUUAAUCAUCCAUAUAAACAAGUAAGAGUAUAAUAAGAAUUUUUAUAUGCCACAUUAUAAUAUCAUGUUGCCUGUGGUUAAUUCCAUUUGUUCACAUAUUAUUCAUAUUGAUGUUCCUCAUACUUAAAAAGUAGAGGAAAUUUUCAUACUUUCCACACUGCAGUAGACUCCAAAUGAAUCUUAUCGAUUAAUGUUUUCAACUUUUAAAAAAUAAAAACUCUGGUCUGGAUCAGAUGCAUACAUUAAUAUAUUUUAUUGCACUUUGAGACAUUCAAAGAGUAAACAACACAAAUCUAUCCAGCUGAAGCUUCAGUUCUGUUCAAUUUUGUAGAAAUAUUCAUAGAAUUUUAGAUAGUGUUUUGUUAUUGCAGUAUUGUGCCAGGUUGCCUUACUAAUGUUAAGGAGGGCAAUGGGGAAGCAUGUUUGUAUCCAUGUCAUCAUAAACCAUCAGAUUUCGUUGAUGGAGUUUCUACAUACAUUGAAAAAAGUUUAAUGCAAAAAAUUUAAAGACAUGUUGAAGCAGUGAGCAUGGCAUUUAGUGUCAUUCUGUGUUAAGAAGAUAAUCCCCAGCUCUCUUGUAGAGGCUCAACAAAAUGCACUGCCUACGUACCAUGAACAUAUUUUGCAUUUAUCAUUGUAUUCCACUUCAUUUUUUACAAUAAUGACUGUGUUUCCUGUUUUGAGAAAUGGUUUUUGGAUGCAGACGUCAUUUUUCACUGCCAUAUUGAAUAUAAAAUUUCUUUGAAAAUAAUUUUGCAGAAAUAAAUUUUUACUGCCUCUGUGACACUGUUAAACGCAAUUUUGAAAGUUAGUGUAUUUUAUGAAGUUUGAAAAUGUGUUCAGUUUAUAUAACACCAUUGUAUAUUAGUAACAGCACAAUUUAAAGGAGUAAUAGUGGUAUCCUCUUUACAAAUGUGCAGGAGUAUCUACAAAUGUUUUAUAAUCUACAGAUCUUAAAUUAACACUAGAACAAACAUGAAAUGGAACUGAACACAAAAUUAUUGAGACAAGUGUCUGCACAGGGGGUUGUAAGCCACUGAAAUAAUAAAUAAUGAAUUUUUCCUGGUGUAUAGUGCUUAACUGAGUGUGGAAUGAACUUGCAUUUCAUUCAUGCUGAACAGUAUGAGAUAGCAAACCACUGCCAUAUAUUAUCAUGCUAAUGUUUCUUAGCAUCUUUGGACUGUAACAGCAGACUGCCCAAUAAGCAACGUUGUUUAGAAGUAGGAAAUGCACAUUAUCAGGCAGUGAAUAAAAAACUUCAGAAGAUUAGCAACACUGUGAGCACUUCACAUGGUAUAUCUUUGGAGGUAGAACUGCCAUAUGCAAUGAUUACAUAUAGACAUCUGGAAUUAUAAAACUACCCUUAAAUAUUAGCAUUCAGGUUUAUUUUUAAUAUUUAAUUCAAUGCAUCAUGUUGGAUAAAGAAUUUCUUCUAAACACUCAACUCACAAAAGAAAAUGAAAGUCUUAACAGUGCUUAAUGCAUAACCUAACAUGGAACAUUUAAAUUUGCAACGUGAAGUGUAAUGUGUUGUUAUUUUCUCCUAAUGGGACAUUUUGAGAUUAAGAAGUGGGGCCUUCAAAAUUUUUCUGUUUAGUGUGUCACUUUUGUCUGUUCUCUUUCUUCAUCCUUGUGUUUUAUCUUGAACAUUUCAUAAACUUGGAAAAAUGAGUCCUCACUAUUAUAUACGGGGACUGUUCACUGACCCACUGUAGUCAAAAACAUUUGUGAUGUAGCAGUCAGUAUGUCUAGUAGCCUUCCCUUCAAAGGCCUACUGCUAAUGCUUUUACAAACUUUUCCAUUUGAUGGAAUGCAUGUGUUACAACCAAAAAAACUUCAAAUAUAUUUCCAAAUACAGAAAUCCUCCAGAUUAUCCCUACAGUUAUGUAUGACUUCAUAGUCUGUUAUUUAAUUUUAAUAUUUUGUCUUAUUAGUUCAAACUGCAUUGGGCAGAUAAUAAGCUCAAUAUUGCUGUGAAAACUCAGACUGCAAUAGGGCCCUGAAACAUUCAGAUAUGUUCUAAAUGUAGUAAUUGUUGUACUGGAAAGCAGGACACUACAAGCUAUUCUUCAAUAGCGUUGAUAAUGUUUUCAUUUCACUUUCCAAAUAUUGGAGUUAUGAAACUAUUGCCUGUCUCAUAAACUCUGGUGUCUUCCAGUGCUAGUCCACUCUUCUACCUACAACUGUCACAUUGUGGAGUUCCAUCACUCACUUUUUUGUGAUUUGGAAUGUGUUUGAAUACCAAUAUCCAAUCUUUCUGACUUUUAAAUUUUGUAAUUGGCAUAUGGUAACCACUAAAAUUGAUUCACACCACGUUUUCUUGUCUAAAGAUCAGUGUUGAUAAAGCUGUAAAGGACAUCAGUCUUUGUGCACCAGUUCUUUCUCGUAUUUUCUUUAUUUUCUGGUUUUGAUUAUCUCUCUCACAUCAAGAAUGUGGUUUCACCCGAUAUUUCCUUCCCAAAUUUACUUUUGGAUAUCUGUUUGCUGCUUGUUUAGACAGGUAGUGUCAAUUGCUGACAGAAAAAUUGCAAUGGGGAGGAAUGAAUAUUACUGAAGUUUGUGUUAAAGUACCACCCCAGUUACCUCUUUCCAAGACAUUGUUAAUUCCUGGAUUCAAGAUUAUCUGUAUUUGUCAUAUUUGUUUUUCUCUGUCUGUAGCAUAGUUUUUCUGUGAAGAAAUUAUCUGAAACAGCAAACUCUGCUGAUUGCAGUAAAACGUAUAUCAAGUGAUCCAGAUGGAAAAUGCGUGAAGCACAUUUCUUUAAUACAAAUUCCUUUGAACUACGUGGGCACUGAUGAAGCUUAUAUUUAGAACACUGACAGGAGUACCUGUGAUCAAAGUUUCAAUAUAGACUCUUCAGUUAUUCCUCAAACAAAAAUUGAAUUAAUUUUUGAGUUGAUAUGACUACAUGGCAUGAACUGUUGUUCAGGCCCAAAAAAUUGAUAUUAUUGCAGAAAAUUAAAUACCUUGUCCUUGAGGCUUAUGAUUGUAAUGUACCAUAAACCAGUAUAAAUUAAAGGGGAAUGACUUCACAUUUCACAUUUAUAUAUUUCCUCUCUUCUUGGCAUUAGCAUUUUCUCUCAGGUACAAGUGUCUCAAAUUUAUGUAACUGAUGACUGGCUAAGUCAAUGGUCAUAAAGAUAGUAAUUGGAUUCAAUUUUUUGAUCACAUAACAUCCAGCCAUAAGCUGCCAUAUAGCUAAGUACAAGAAGAACAGCGCCGUUGCUUUGCUGAACUGCAAGCAGUAAAGUUAUAGUGCUGUAAAAAAUAUUUCAUCCAUUUUAUUCUUCUCAAUAUUGAUUUCUGAAAUAUUGGACUCAAACCAAGUGCUUAUAGUGAGCAUAUAGAUUGAGAGAAUAAUAUCCAAUGUACCAACUUUUCUGUUAAUUUUUUUUUGGAUUAUUUCUUAAUGGAUGAACUUGUGUAAGCAUUGUGAUGUGAUACUUCGUUUGAUGUGUACUGCAAACUGGGUGACUGUUUAAUAUGGAUAGUAUAUGAAUCAUAGGCAAAAUGCUGCAUGCUGAGUAGGUUGUAAACAACUUCUGACAUGCCAUAAGUGGCUGGUAAUUCAGAUCAAAUGCAACCUAAUUUAUGACCACCUUGGAGCACUAAGAACUGACAUAUGGUCAUUUCUGUUUGUAUAAUUCGUAGCAAGUCAAUUCUGUUGAGUUUUUUUACUGUCAUUAAUGGCUUUUUUAUCUGAUUCCAAGACUUGAGACUCUCUUUCUGUAAAUAAAUUCUGUUAAACUAAUAAUCAUUGGCCACUGACAUUUAUGUAAGCAGAAAAACCAUACAGAUUAUUUUCUGAAAUAUAUUAUUUACAUAUAAACAAUUGUUUGAUACUGAUGUAAAUACAUUUCUUUUCAUAAUUAGAUAUAAGAGCAACAUAAUUCAGUUUUUUAUUUUUAAUACAUUCUCCUCGUGCAAUAUGUACAAAUGCAAUCUUGUAUUUUAAAAUUAGAUUUUGUAUAGAAUGUCUUAUGAUUUAAAAUGUAGUGUAAUAAACUGAAAAAAUCUAUUGCUUUUUAUAUCAUCAUUUUACUGUCACCCAAUCCAAUGGCUGACCAAAUGAGAGAAUAAUUGUCCACUUCUCACAUGAGAUACUUCUAUUAUUGUGAAAUUGGCCGUUAAAUAAUUUUGUAAUUCCAGUAAAAUGGAGGAUUUUCAUGUUUUGUUGGAUUACUGGUCAUUUUUCUAAAUACUUAAUUGUUGUGAAUUUUACAUCAUCUCUGAAUGACGAAGCAUUUCAUAAAUUAACAAAUACUGCAGUUGUAUGCAUUCAUGAAUAAAAAUGUGCAGAUUUGAGUUGCUAUGCCAUCAUG